AUGGAUUACAGGGAAGGAUUGCUCUUGCUCCUUUCUUCUAUGCUUGUGUUGAGACACUGCACUGCACAACCUGACCCUAAUGCAUACCAAAACUGUACUUAUUCAAGAGGAAAUUUCACUGCCAAAAGCACAUACCAAACAAACCUCAACCUUCUCCUCUCUUCUCUAUCCUCAAAUGCCAAAACCAUUUCAGGUUUCUGUAACACCACCAGCCAGAAUUCCAACAAAGUCUAUGGUCUCUUCCUUUGUAGAGGCGACGUUACACCAGAAACCUGUAAUACCUGCAUCAAGGCAGCAAGCUCCAAUAUCACCCAACGUUGUCCAACUGCGAAAGAGGCCAUAAUAUGGUAUGAGUAUUGUAUGUUACGGUACUCAAAUCAACCUAUAUUCUCAAUUAUGGAAAAGGAACCUAGUAUUUGUUUGCCUAAUGAUAACAAUGUCUCCAAAUCGGUCCAGUCUGAGUUUGAUAAGAUAUGGGUGGAUUUGUUCAAUGGCCUUGUGAGUCAGGCUGCGUCAGCGGCAGCGGUUGGCCGGAAGUAUGCAGCCAAUGAGGCAAACUAUACAAGCUUUGAGAAGAUAUAUGGGCUAGUGCAGUGCACUCCUGAUUAUCUCAGGAUGAUUGCUACAAAUGCCUAG